AUGCAACGGACACCAUUUCAGCCGCCUCAGAAAUCGCCCGAACUGUUCCAUCCCCGACCUCAGCACAUCUCCCAGGUACCGAACCUGCGGUCACCGCCUCCGCCAGUCUCUCAGCAAAGUUCGCAACCGCAGAUGAAUAGCUAUGGCAAUCCAUACCAGUCUCCUCCACCAGCAGGCGGCGGAGGGGGUGGAGCAGGAGCAGCAGCAGCCGGAGGAGGAUUUGGGCAAAGCUUCAAUUUUAUAAACGAUCCGGCUGCGCAGAUGUCGUUUCAAGUGGGCCAACACGCGGUCAAGGCCGGUCAAGAAUACAUGGAGCAAAACUUGAACCGCUACAUUUCGAUAUCCGCGCUGAAGCACUACUUCAAUGUGUCGAACUCUUACGUCGUUCGAAAGUUGAUCGUUGUCCUGUUCCCGUGGCGUCACAAGCCAUGGACGCGACAACAAGCGAGGAUGACCACCUCUUCUACGGCCGCCGACGGCACCAUGACACAACAGUCCUACUCGUUUAAUUAUCUUCCUCCGCGCGACGACCUGAACUCUCCGGACAUGUACAUUCCGAUCAUGGCGUUGAUUACGUACAUUCUGCUCUCGACGGUGCUUGCGGGCAUCAGAGGAUCGUUCCACCCUGAACUGCUGGGCAGCAUCACAAGUACAGCGAUUGCCGUGAUAUUUUUCGAAAUCAUUGUUCUCAAAUUAGCCAUGUACAUGCUCAGCAUCAGCAAUGACUCCCAACUUCUCGAUUUGAUGGCGUAUUCUGGGUACAAGUUUGUCGGCGUCAUAGUCACCUUGUUUUUCAGCGAAAUUUUGACCGGUGGGAGUGGAACAAACAACUGGGUUGGUUGGACACUGUUCUUGUACACAUGGUAUGCAAAUGCAUUCUUUUUGCUUCGUUCUUUGAAGUACGUUCUUCUACCGGAUAGUUCGGGAGAUCCGUCGGCCAUGCGUGGUGGAAACUCAUAUACUGUGGCUCGAGCACAGAAGAACCGACGGACAUAUUUCCUAGCACUGUACGCGUUCCUGGUACAGAUGUUGUUCAUGUGGAUCCUAAGCCGAGAAGAGGCUGCCGUCAAGACCGUUGCUAGCAAAUGGAGCGGACCCAAGGCAUAG